AUGGCUCCGACUGCGGUAGCUAGUGCUACACAGGCUGCGAAACACGGCCACGAGCUUAGCCACUCCACGCCACUUGAAGUUCUCUCACACGGGGAACGAAUCGCCGCCUCUCUUGGUCCGCUAGGCAAAGGUUGUAUUCUACGAAACCACGGAAUUCUCGCCGUUGGCAAGACAGUCAAUGAAGCCGCUUUCCUCUUCACUUCGAUGGAGAGUAGCUGCCAGGUUCAGCUCCUGGUGGAGGCGACUGGUCGUCCCAAGGUCCUCAUCACGGAGGAGGAAGCCAAAUUCAAUUUUGAUGUUUAG